ACUCAAAAAAUAAAUCCAAAGCCAAUUAAGACAAUCAAUCGCAAUGCGACCCAUAACGUAGUAAACCGACUGGAAUACUACAAGCGCCAGCCUGGUACUGGUACCACCCACCAUACCACAUCGCGCCCCCCAGGGCCCCGAAUCCAAUCACCUCCACAACCACCCUGUCCACAAAUGUCUUCGUGCAUUGUUAAAUCGGCUUAUGAUCAGGCAAAAGUACGUUGAUUCCACAUGUUACUCGUAUAUCAUUUUGGCAGUCGACGAGCUAUUUUCAAACGGUAAACAUAUGCACGCAAUCCGAUUUUCCAACGGAAGAUUAACUUGGUACAGUCAAAGCCGCAGCUGGGAAGUAACUAUCCAAAUAUUAUUUUGAAAAUGAGUGUGGUGCGACCUCUUAAGCCCGCCCUUCAAGACAUAUGCAUCAGGGAAUUGAACGAGGUGCCACAGCGAGUAUCCCAUGAUAUCGAGGCUCUACGAGAAUGGGUCUUGAAGCAACCACAUCUGCGGGCCUGCACCGACGACCAGUUCCUGCUUGCCUUUCUGCGCGGAACCAAGUUUAGCCUGGAACGGGCCAAAGAAAAGUUUGAUCGGUUCUAUACGCUGCAGGGAUCUAUUCCAGAGGUCUUCAAUGAUCGUCGACUGGCCACUGAUCCCCAGGUCCUAGAUAUAAUAAGGAUGGGAGUUCUUCUUCAAAUUCCCAUGGAUGCGGACGAUUCGGGACCUUGUGUGACCAUUAUUCGAGCUGGUUCCUACGACACUAGCAAGUACAAGUUUCAGGACAUAAUACGCGUCGGUUCCAUGUUCGGUGAGAUCAUGAUGUUCGAGGACGAUAAUGCCACAGUGAGCGGUUAUGUGGAGAUUAUGGACAUGUCGGGGAUUACGGGUACCCACCUCUUUUCCCUGCAACCGCAAUUGUUGAGCAAGUUUUCCACCUAUGCGGAUGAGGCGAUGCCGACGCGCCAGAAGGGAAUUCACUUUAUCAAUGUUCCUGCGGCUUUCGAAACUGCGUUCAAUUCGUUGCGAUCCUUUUUCCCAGCCAAAAUCAAGAGCCGGAUCUCGGUGAGCUCCGAUCCGGAAGCUAUAUUCGAUAUAGUGCGUCGCGAAUAUUUACCCAAGGAAUACGGAGGAACAAGGGGCAGCAUGCAGGAUAUAAGCCAUACCAUGGAAGCAAAACUAUCUAGUUAUGAAUCCUACUUUCAAGAGUCCCAAAGUUUUGGCGUUAACAACAAGUUGCGCGAGUUCGGGGACAACGUGCGAAAAAAUAAUCGAUCCUCCUUUGGGGCAGUGGGGUCCUUUCGUAAACUGGAAAUCGACUGAAACUCACCGUCACGAUUUUAUCAAUGUCGAAAGCGUAGAUACCGCAAUCUUAUCUGACAAACUAGUACAUGCAGUCUCAAUACUAAACAUGUUGAGUCGUAGAUCAUCCUAUUUAUAAAACACCUCCAAGAGAUAUGUGUGAAACUGGUGAAGCAAUAACCACAAAGCGCCAGAAGAUGUGAUAUGUAACAUUUUCAGGAGAACACUAUACAUAUUCUUAAAAAUAGAUACUUAUAAAAUAUAUGUUUUUAGUUUUGUUAAUAAAAUUCACUUUGCUAAUAUAUUAA